GGGAAAAUAUGGAAAUAACCAAGACAUCUGGGAUGAGGGACGCCGUCCUUGUACUCUUACUGGCUGUUCUUCAGGGAUUUCGACUUGUGGAUGCCCUUCCAAACCCAUCACCUCUCCUGGGAUCCAACUGGGGGAAUCCGAGAAGAUACGUACACCUGCAGACGUCUUCAGACGUGAACAAUUUCUACCUUGAGAUCCGUUUAAAUGGCCACGUGCGCAAAACUACACUUCGAAGCUCAUACAGUGUGAUUGUAUUGAAGGCGGAAACAAGAGAGCGCGUGGCGAUACUUGGAGUCAAAAGUAACCGCUACCUUUGCAUGGAUGCCCUGGGAAACCCCUUCAGCUCAACUGUUUGCCACAAGGAAGACUGUCUUUUUAACCACAAGUUAUUGGAAAACCACCGCGACGUGUACUACUCUUGCAGAACUGGUAUUCUGCUCAACUUGGAAGGGAUAAAGCAAGUGUUCACGGUGGGUCAGAAUCUACCGCAAACGUCCCUCUUCCUAUCGGAGAAGAACACGGUGCCACUGGAGCGCCUCUUGCACCGGGAGAAGAGAAACCGGGUGGUUGACCCUUCUGAUCCGUACAACAUGCUGGGGCAGACGGAGGAGGAUGAGGACUCCCGGGCUAUGCCGGAGCUGGAUGACACCUUGGAGAUGGACCAGGAGGCUGAACUCCCCGAGGGACGCAACAUCUCCAGGGAGACCCCCCAAUCUCCCUCCGACGACCCGUGGAACGUGCAUUCCCUAAACCCCCCUCCCAGCCCCCGUAUAAUGAAUGCAAUGGUGGGAUAAGAUGACAGGACACUUGCCGUUGUACACCUGGUUUUAAGAAUAUAAAUUGUGUGCGCGUUCACGUUGGAUCUUUUCCAGCUGGUCUGGAAACAAACCCCAACUAUUACACCUGUGAAAGUCUGACCGUGACAGGCUUAUUAGAGCAUAUGAGUCAUUUGUAUAUAGUCAUAAGACGGAAUAUUGUAUUUAGUUCAUUUUUCACUAUAGCACAGUAGCUAGUGGGUAUAUAACUAUUGGUUUCCGUGCUUUUUAAUUCUAGGACGCAAAUUCUGCACGAGUGCGCUCUGUUUACGGGAUGGAUUCUUAUGAGAAUCAUGCUGAAACCCGAAAUAUUUGUGCGUCUUCUUCGAAGAAAAAAAGUAAGUUGAGCUGAAGUCACUUUAUUAAAUGUUUUACAAUGUAAGAAGCCUACAAGAAAAUACUCGGGUUAUCAAAUCAAAUCAAGCUUUAUUUAUACAGCACAUUUCAGACAUGGAACGCAACACAAUGUGUAGAAUAGAAGCUGAAAUAUUUACUAAACAACAAACAUGAGAUAAAAAACAAAAUAUGACACAAACUGAACAACAACAAAAAAGGACCCCAAUGAAAAGCAAAGCUAAAAUAUGUGUUUUAAGAUCUCUUUUAAAUAUGUCCACAGUUGAUCUCUUUUAAAUAUGUCCACAGUUCCGGCCCCUCUCAGGUUGUCUGGCACGCCUCUCCAUGCUUCUUGGUCCUAGGCUUUGGGAUAGUUAAAAUGCCAGUGCCAUUGGACCUGAGGGCCUUAACA